CGUCAUAUUUUUUUGGAAUUUCGCACACGUCUUAUCGAGUUUUAAAUCAUGGCUCGAUUUUUAUUGAUCAGCGUUGUACUCAUAGCUGCUCUGAUUGUUGGUAUCAAUGCUUCCAAUUGCCAAAAAUGUAAAGGCAAAAAUGAAGAGUGGAAAAGUUGCGGAGCAUGUGACAGUACUUGUAGAAAUAAACACGUUGUCUGUCCCAAGAUAUGCAAGCUACCCGGAUCUUGUGGCUGCAAAACUGGUUAUGUAAGAAAUUCCAGAAGAAUCUGUGUCAAGAAGGAAAAUUGUCCCGGACCUAAUACUUGUGGAAAAAAUGAAGAGUUUUAUCCAUGCGGAGCAUGCGACCAGGGAUGUAAUUAUUUAGCUAAAUGUUCCACGAAGUGUAGAAAAGGAUCUUGUGGUUGUAAAAAAGGUUAUGUAAGAAAUGAAAAUAAAAUCUGUAUCAAGAAGCAAAAUUGUCCCAAAACUAAUACUUGUGGAAAAAAUGAAGUGUUUUACCCAUACGGAGCAUGCGAUCAGGGAUGUAACUACGCAACUAGAUGUACCACGGAGUGUAGAAAAGGAUCUUGUGGUUGCAAACAAGGCUAUGUGAGAAAUGACAAGAAAAUCUGUAUUCCGCAGGAAAGUUGUCCCAAGGUUUGUGGAAUAAAUGAAGAGUACAUGCCAUGCGGAGCAUGCGACCAGGGGUGUGAUUACGCAGUCGACUGUAUCCAAGGGUGUAGAGAAGGAGCUUGUGGUUGUAAGUCCGGUUACCUAAGAAGUAAUGGUACCUGCGUUUUGUCGGAAAAUUGUCCGAAAAACCCGAUUUGUGGGCCAAAUGAAGAGAUCAAAAGAUGUGGAGCCUGUGACGGUACUUGUAGAGAACCAAGUAUAGCGUGUACUAAGAUAUGUCGUGAACCCGAAUGUGGUUGUAUGAAGGGGUACGUAAGAAAUAAUGGAAAGUGUAUUUUGUUGAAAAGUUGUCCUAAAACCCCGACUUGUGGGCCAAAUGAAGAACUCAAAGAAUGUGGAGCGUGUGACGGUAAUUGUGAAGAAAAAUAUGUGCCAUGUACCGCGGACUGUCGUCUACCCGAAUGUGGUUGUAAAUCCGAUUAUGUAAGGAAUAAUGGUACCUGUAUUUUGUACGAAAGUUGUCCUAAAACUCCGACUUGUGGGCCAAAUGAAGAGAUCAAAGGUUGUGGAGCGUGUGACGGUACUUGUGAAGAAAAAGAUGUGCCAUGUACCGCGGACUGUCGUCGACCCGAAUGUGGUUGUAAAUCCGAUUAUGUAAGGAAUAAUGGUACCUGUAUUUUGUACGAAAGUUGUCCUAAAACUCCGACUUGUGGGCCAAAUGAAGAGAUCAAAGGAUGUGGAGCGUGUGACGGUACUUGUGAAGAAAAAGAUGUGCCAUGUACCACGGACUGUCGUCGACCCGAAUGUGGUUGUAAAUCCGGUUAUGUAAGAAAUAAUGGUAAGUGCAUUUUGUACGAAAAAUGUCGUAAAACCCCGACUUGUGGGCCAAAUGAAGAGAUCAAAGGAUGUGGAGCGUGUGACGGUACUUGUGAAGAAAAAGAUGUGCCAUGUACCGCGGACUGUCGUCUACCCGAAUGUGGUUGUAAAUCCGGUUAUGUAAGGAAUAAUGGUACCUGUAUUUUGUACAAAAGUUGUCCUAAAACUCCGACUUGUGGGCCAAAUGAAGAGAUCAAAGGAUGUGGAGCGUGUGACGGUACUUGUGAAGAAAAAGAUGUGCCAUGUACCACGGACUGUCGUCUACCCGAAUGUGGUUGUAAAUCCGGUUAUGUAAGGAAUAAUGGUACCUGUAUUUUGUACGAAAGUUGUCCUAAAAUUCCGACUUGUGGGCCAAAUGAAGAGAUCAAAGGAUGUGGAGCGUGUGACGGUACUUGUGAAGAAAAAGAUGUGCCAUGUACCGCGGACUGUCGUCUACCCGAAUGUGGUUGUAAAUCCGGUUAUGUAAGGAAUAAUGGUACCUGUAUUUUGUACAAAAGUUGUCCUAAAACUCCGACUUGUGGGCCAAAUGAAGAGAUCAAAGGAUGUGGAGCGUGUGACGGUACUUGUGAAGAAAAAGAUGUGCCAUGUACCACGGACUGUCGUCUACCCGAAUGUGGUUGUAAAUCCGGUUAUGUAAGGAAUAAUGGUACCUGUAUUUUGUACGAAAGUUGUCCUAAAAUUCCGACUUGUGGGCCAAAUGAAGAGAUCAAAGGAUGUGGAGCGUGUGACGGUACUUGUGAAGAAAAAGAUGUGCCAUGUACCGCGGACUGUCGUCGACCCGAAUGUGGUUGUAAAUCCGGUUAUGUAAGGAAUAAUGGUACCUGUAUUUUGUACAAAAGUUGUCCUAAAACUCCGACUUGUGGGCCAAAUGAAGAGAUCAAAGGAUGUGGAGCGUGUGACGGUACUUGUAAAGAACCAAAUGUAGCAUGUACCUUGGACUGUCGUCUACCCGAAUGUGGUUGUAAAUCCGGUUAUGUAAGAAAUAAUGGUAAGUGCAUUUUGUACGAAAAAUGUCGUAAAACCCCGACUUGUGGGCCAAAUGAAGAGAUCAAAGGAUGUGGAGCGUGUGACGGUACUUGUGAAGAAAAAGAUGUGCCAUGUACCGCGGACUGUCGUCUACCUGAAUGUGGUUGUAAAUCCGGUUAUGUAAGAAAUAAUGGUAAGUGCAUUUUGUACGAAAAAUGUCGUAAAACCCCGACUUGUGGGCCAAAUGAAGAGAUCAAAGGAUGUGGAGCGUGUGACGGUACUUGUGAAGAAAAAGAUGUGCCAUGUACCGCGGACUGUCGUCUACCCGAAUGUGGUUGUAAAUCCGGUUAUGUAAGAAAUAAUGGUAAGUGCAUUUUGUACGAAAAAUGUCGUAAAACCCCGAGUUGUGGGCCAAAUGAAGAACUCAAACCUUGCGGAGCGUGUGAUGGUACUUGUAAAAAACCACAUCCGAUGUGUACUAAGGAUUGUCGCCAACCCGAAUGUGGUUGUAUAAAGGGGUUCUAUAGAAACGAUGACCUAAAGUGUGUGUCCCUAUUACAGUGCCCCAUCGAACCUAAACAAUAAUCUACCAAGCAAUGAUAUAAUGUCGUGUUUAUAUGAAACUAGAAUUGAAUAUAUGCGCGCAUGCACGAACUUGAAUUCAGAGUUUGCACAUAUUUUUAUGCUUAUGAUAUAUUUGACCAAUCACAUUAUGAAUAAAUUGGUUUCAUAUAUAUUUCAUCUCAAUUUUAUAUCAGGAUAUUUUUUUUUUUAUGGUUAUUUUAGUAAUUGUUUCUUAAGGUUUAUGUAAAAUAAAUAAAUUUUCAAAAC